CUCGGAGCAUCUGCCGGGACGACUAUGCUGCUGCCGAACAUUCUGCUCACCGGUACUCCAGGGGUUGGGAAAACCACACUAGGCAAAGAACUUGCAUCAAGAUCAGGACUGAAAUACGUUAAUGUGGGUGAUUUAGCUCGAGAAGGUGAAUUAUAUGAUGGCUUUGAUGAAGAGUAUAACUGUCCCAUUUUAGAUGAAGAUAGAGUAAUAGAUGAGUUAGAUAACCAAAUGAGAGAUGGUGGAGUUAUUGUUGAUUACCAUGGCUGUGAUUUCUUCCCUGAACGUUGGUUUCAUAUAGUUUUUGUGCUGAGAACAGAUACCAGUGUGUUGUACAAAAGACUGGAAACAAGGGGUUAUAGUGAGAAGAAACUAAAUGACAAUAUUCAGUGUGAAAUUUUUCAAGUUCUUUAUGAAGAAGCAAUGGAGUCAUACAAGGAAGAGAUUGUGCAUCAGUUGCCCAGCAAUAAACCAGAAGAACUAGAGGAGAAUAUAAGUCAGAUCUUGAAAUGGAUUGAACAGUGGAUCAAGGACCAUAACUCUUAACUCACAGAACUGGCCCUUUCAGUCACUGUUGCUGCCCUCUCUCUGCUCACUU